AUGGCGGCGCUGCGGGCGCUGCGGUGGCGGCGGCGGCUCCCGGGGCUGGGCCCGAGGCGGCUCCUGGGGACCGGCUCCCCCGAGGAGCGGCCGCAGUUCCCCGGGGCCUCGGCCGAGUUCGCCGAACGCCUCGAGUUCAUCCAGCCCCAGGUGCUGUCCGGGAUCCCGGUGUACCGGGUGAUGGACCGGCAGGGACAGGUGAUCCGCCAGUCCGAGGAUCCGCAGCUGCCCAAGGAGCAGGUGCUGAAGCUCUACAAGACGAUGACGCUGCUCAACACCAUGGACAGGAUCCUGUACGAGUCCCAGCGACAGGGCCGGAUCUCGUUCUACAUGACCAACUACGGCGAGGAGGGGACGCACGUGGGCAGCGCCGCCGCCCUGGACAGCAACGACCUGGUGUUCGGGCAGUACCGCGAGGCAGGUGUGCUGCUGUACCGGGGGUACCCCCUGGAGCUGUUCAUGCUGUUCAUGGCCCAGUGCUACGGCAACGCGCGCGACCCCGGCAAGGGCCGCCAGAUGCCGGUGCACUACGGCUGCCGCGAGCGCCACUUCGUCACCAUCUCGUCCCCGCUGGCCACGCAGAUCCCGCAAG